AUGCAUUUGCACCAGGUGCUCACCGGCGCCGUCAACCCGGGCGACAACUGCUACUCGGUGGGCAGCGUCGACGACACCCCGUUCACGGCUUACGGCUCUGGAUGUGAUAUUGUCAUCUUGGCCAAUGACUUUGAAUGCGUACAAAUUAUUCCUGGUGCUAAGCAUGGAAACAUCCAGGUCAGCUGUGUGGAAUGUUCCCAACAAGGCCGGAUUGCUGCCUCUUAUGGAAACACUGUGUGUAUUUUUGAGCCCCUGGGGGUAAAUUCUCAUAAGAGAAAUUGUCAACUCAAGUGUCAAUGGCAGAAAACCGGACAAUUUUUCCUUACUUCCAUGACCUUCAACUUGGCAUGGGAUCCUCAAGGGAAUCGCUUACUCACCGCAACGGAUAAUUUACAACUGUGGGCCCCUCCUGCUAAGGAUGUGUUGGAAGAAGAAGACGAGGAAGGAGAAGAUAAUCCUGAUCUCGGGGUCAAAGAGGAUAAAAACCAUCCUGUUCUAAAUGAUUGGAAAUGCAUCUGGCAGUGCAGGACAGCCGUUUCUGUCCACUUGAUGGAGUGGUCCCCGGAUGGCGAAUAUUUUGCAACAGCUGGGAAGGACGACUGCCUCUUAAAAGUCUGGUACCCCAUGAUGGGCUGGAAAUCAUCUCUCCGUCCCCAAGAGGGAGAUGAAACCAAAAAAACAUCUGCCUCCGUCCAUUUUGCAUUUGUCUACCUUUCGCAUCCCCGGGCAGUGACGGGAUUUUCGUGGCGACACACUAGCAAGUUUAUGCCCAGGGGAUCUGUUUGCAACGUGCUCCUUACUUCGUGUCAGGAUGGCGUUUGUCGACUGUGGGUGGAGACGUUGUUGCCCGAAGAUACGCUGUUGGGGGAGCAGAUCUGCGAAACAAGCACGUCAAGCAUCAGUUCCAGCAGCAGCUUCUCACAUUCAGGAAGGCACAAAGACAACAUUCAGCAUGCUUUAGAAACAAUCCACCAUCUGAAGAACUUGAGAAAGGGUCAGCGAAGAUCUUCGGUGCUCAUCACUCAUGCAGAAGACCUACCCAACCAGUUGGGAAUCCACGAAGUGCAGCGCCAUAUUUCCCAUCAUGCUAACGCGCUCUGCCAUUUCCAUAUAGCUGCAAGCAUUAACCCCAACACUGAUAUUCCACCGGCACUGGUGAAGACCGCUUUUAAUUUCGAUGAAGGCAACGAAGGCUUUGUGGUCCAUUGGCUAAAUAACAAGGAAUUCCAUUUUACAUCUUCCACGGAAAUCUUUAUGCAGCACUUACGAAAACUGGCGGAUCAGCAAAUGAGAGGAUCAGAAGGGGAUGUUUCUGAAAGAGGGGAUGAAGAGAAAGAGAGAGGCUUACUCAUGAAGCUUGAUCAUGAGUUGUCUCUCGACAGAGAAUCUGAGACAGGGACUGGCUCCUCAGAUCACGACGAUGGAGAAAAGGAGGGAAGUCCCAAAAUUCUUUCUCCAGCUGCUGCAACAGUUCAACUUCCUACAGUCUUGCUUGACCGGAAGAUUGAACUUCUGCUUAAAGAAUGGAACCAAAAUCCAGAUAUGCUGUUCACCAUUCAUCCCGUGGACGGGACCUUUUUAGUGUGGCAUGUGAAGCAUCUAGAUGAGUACAACCCAGGCAUCUUUCGACAAGUUCAGGUGUCCUUUUCUUCUCAGAUUCCCGUGGCCUUUCCAUCGGGCGACGCCAGCUCCCUCAGCAAACACAUCAUGAUGUACGCCUGUCCAACCUUCUCCAAGGAAAGCAGUGCCCCAACUUGGAAAAGAACUAGCGUUUCAGACAGCCUGUCCGGAUGUCGACCCAGCAGAUUCCAGGAUCCGUCAAGUGGAAACUUGUGCACUCCCACCGUCAUGAUGAUCUCCAAACACAUCGACGGCUCUUUAAAUCAGUGGGCCGUUUCCUUCGCGGACAAAUCCGCCUUUACGACCGUCCAUACUGUAACUCACCAGUUUCGGUACUGUGGCCAUCGGUUUCACCUCAAUGACCUGGCUUGCCAUUCGGUGCUACCCCUGCUGCUGACCUCGUCCCAUCACAAUGCCCUGCUGACUCCCGAGGUUGAUGACCCCUGGGACUUGGAAGGAUUAAAUAAAUCUGCAGAUCCCAUGCAUCCCACUCUGAGGACCCCAGCCAAGCAGCAUCUGCAAAAUGCAGCCACCCGCACGUUCUACAACCCGGAUGCGAUCUACAGUGAGCUGAUCCUCUGGCGAGUGGAUCCCAUUGGGCCUUUGUCCUACACAGGAGGAGUAUCGGAACUGGCGCGCAUUAAUUCCCUCCAUACUUCUGCUUUCUCGAACGUGGCUUGGCUCCCAACUCUUAUCCCUAGCUAUUGUCUGGGGACGUACUGCAAUUCGGCCAGUGCCUGCUUCGUGGCCUCCGAUGGGAAGAACCUGAGGUUGUAUCAAGCUGUGGUAGAUGCUCGGAAGCUGUUAGAUGAGCUCAGUGAUCCCGGAGCCUCUAAACUGAUUGGAGAAAUAUUUAACAUUGUAAGCCAGCAGUCAACAGCUCGGCCAGGAUGCAUUAUUGAGUUGGAUGUCAUAACUGACCAGUGUGGGUCCAGUACGCAACUACUUCAUGUCUUUCAAGAGGAUUUCAUUUUGGGAUACAAGCCACAGAAGGAAGAGGUGGAGCAGAAGGAAACCGAGAUAUUUUUCCAACCUUCUAAAGGCUAUCGGCCCCCACCCUUUUCUGAAAAGUUUUAUCUAAUUGUAAUUGAGAAGGACACCAAAGGCUGCUCGAUUCUUCACAUGUGGCAUUUGCACCUCAAGUCUGUCCAAGCAAAUGCAUGUUUAGGACCAUCUGCUGAUGUUCAUUCAUUGGGACACCAGUUAACUCUUCCUGGGCAACCAGUGGCUGAUUCUUCUCCAGAAACUUCAUCUGGCACAAUGCCAAUGCUACGUUCUUCGUCGGUGGCUAACCUUCAGACAGCUAGUAAACUCAUACUGAGUUCUAGCCUGGUUUACAGUUACCCCUUGGAUCUGCCACCUGGGGUGGAGGUUGUACGAGCUACUCCUUCUGCAGGACAUCUGAGCUCGUCCUCCAUCUAUCCUGUCUGCCUGGCCCCUUAUUUGUUGGUGACGUCCUGUUCAGACAAUAAAGUACGAUUCUGGAGGUGUUCCCUACAGACUACAGAAAAUGGCCAAGGUGGAUCAAAAGAAACCUAUUCCUGGAAAAAAUGGCCUUUGAUGAAUGAUGAGCAAGAAGACACCACCAGCACUGUUUGCAUCGUGGGGAGACCCGUUGCAGUUAGUUGUUCUUACACUGGCCGCUUGGCCAUAGCCUACAAGCAACCCAUUCAGCAGAGUGGAGUUGUUUCCAAAGAAUUUUCUAUGCAUGUGUGUAUCUUUGAGUGUGAGUCUACUGGAGGAUCGGAAUGGGUUUUGGAACAAACCAUCCAUCUGGACGACCUCGUUAAAGUCGGGAGUGUCCUGGAUUCCAGGGUUAGCGUAGACAGCAACUUAUUUGUCUAUAGUAAAUCCGAAAUCUUUUUGAAUAAGGACCGGUACCUUAUCCCAAACAUCAAGCAUCUGGUCCACUUGGAUUGGGUUUCCAAGGAAGACGGUUCGCAUAUACUUACAGUCGGGGUCGGUGCAAAUAUAUUCAUGUACGGACGCGUCUCGGGAAUUGUGACGGAACAAACCAGCAGCAAAGAUGGUGUGGCGGUCAUUACUUUACCACUCGGCGGGAGCAUCAAACAAGGCAUCAGGUCCAGAUGGAUACUUCUGAGAUCCAUUGAUUUGGUGUCUUCGGUUGAUGGCACCCCGUCCUUGCCUGUUUCCCUUUCUUGGGUGAGAGAUGGUAUCCUGGUGGUGGGAAUGGACUGUGAAAUGCAUGUCUACGCUCAGUGGAAGCAUGUCCUAAAAUCUGGGAAUGGAGAAAGCGACGGUUUUCCUCCUGAUGAUUCCCCCGUUACGGACCCAUUCAAGGCUAGCUUGCUAGCCAAAAAAGCCAGCAUCAUUGACGGAGCAGGCAUUGUGGAUGAUGUCUUUGGAACCCCCACCGUCCUUCAAGAUGGCGGCCUUUUCGAAGCAGCCCACGUGCUUUCACCAACUCUGCCCCAAUAUCAUCCCACCCAGCUUCUAGAGCUGAUGGACUUGGGGAAAGUUCGCAGAGCUAAAGCAAUUCUUUCCCACCUCGUGAAAUGCAUCGCAGGGGAAGUCGCUAUCGUGAAAGACCUGGAAUCUGCUGAUGGGGGCUCCAAGCGCCAUCUCUCCCGCACGAUCAGCGUCAGUGGCAGCACGGCCAAGGAUGCAGUCACCACCGGGAAGGAAGGCACGCGGGAUUACACAGAGAUCGAUUCUAUCCCACCGCUACCGUUGUACGCCUUGCUGGCAGCGGAUCAAGACUCCACCUACAAAACGGAGGAAGCUCCUAAACAAACCAAAGGCCUAGAAGAUCAUAGUAAGAGGAAGACUGAGGAUCAGUACUCCGAUCUUUUCCAAGUUCAGCAGGUCACCACAGAUGACUUCAUUGAUUUUGAGCCAGAGAGAAGAGAGCAUAAAUCCAGAGUGAUUAACCUUUCCCAAUAUGGUCCAACGUACUUUGGCCAAGAGCAUGCAAGUGUCCUAUCAAGCCAUUUAAUGCACUCAAGUUUGCCUGGAUUGACUCGCCUGGAGCAGAUGUUCUUGGUAGCCCUAGCAGACACUGUGGCCACCACCAGUACUGAGCUGGACGAGAACCGAGACAAGCACUACUCAGGGAGAGACACUUUGGAUGAGUGUGGCCUGAGGUACUUAUUAGCCAUGCGCUUGCACACCUGCCUCCUAACAUCCCUUCCACCUUUAUAUCGUGUCCAGUUACUUCAUCAAGGGGUUUCGACGUGCCACUUUGCUUGGGCUUUUCAUUCGGAAGCAGAGGAAGAACUGAUCAACAUGAUCCCUGCCAUUCAAAGAGGAGAUCCCCAGUGGUCUGAGUUAAGAGCCAUGGGGAUAGGCUGGUGGGUCAGGAAUAUCAACACGCUUCGACGGUGCAUGGAAAAGGUUGCCAAAGCCGCCUUCCAGAGGAACAACGAUGCACUGGACGCUGCUCUUUUUUAUCUCGCAAUGAAGAAAAAAGCCGUGGUCUGGGGACUAUUUCGUUCCCAGCACGAUAAGAAAAUGACCCAGUUCUUCAGCCAUAAUUUCAGUGAAGACAGAUGGCGCAAAGCUGCCCUGAAGAAUGCCUUUGCCCUUCUGGGGAAGCAGCGCUUUGAGCAGUCGGCAGCUUUUUUCUUACUAGCGGGAUCAUUAAAGGAUGCCAUCGAGGUAUGUCUUGAGAAGAUGGAAGACAUCCAGCUGGCUUUAAUAAUUGCUCGCUUGUAUGAGUCUGAGUUUGAAAUCUCCUCCACCUACACAGCCAUCCUUUAUGAAAAGAUUUUGGGCUGUAAGAAAGAUGGAACCGGAUUCUGUUGCACAAAAUUGCAUCCAGAUCCUUUCCUGAGAAGUCUGGCCUACUGGGUAAUGAAAGAGUGCACAAGAGCCCUUGACACCUUGCUGGAACAAACCCCCAAAGAAGAAGAUGAAAUUCCAGUUAUUGUCAAAUCCUGCAACCCCGUGGUGUUCAGUUUCUAUAACUAUCUGCGUACCCACCCCUUGCUCAUCCGAAGGAAUUUCUGCUCGCCCGAUGGGACAUUAGCAACGUUGGGAUUGCAGGCAGAGAAAAGUUUUGUGGACAAGAUUAACCUCAUUGAACGAAAACUCUUCUUCACCACUGCAAAUGCUCAUUUUAAAGUCGGCUGCCCUGUCUUAGCCCUGGAAGUGCUUUCAAAGCUUCCCAAAAUAAGGAGCAGGUCCACACUUUCACCCAAGAAAGGGGAAUCCACACCAGUAAUGCAGAAUGGUCUGGAAGUAGACAAAGGCAGCACAGUAGAUUGGUCACAGCCAGUGGGCACCACGGAGGCUCCCUCCCUAAUUGACUGGAGCAAACCAAUGAUAACAUUUGAAGACGAACCUCUGAAACUUGACUGGGGGAAUGACCAAAGCAGUUUGCUUGAGGAGGAAGAGGAGAAAGGUUUGAUGAUGAAUGACCUGGAAAGUAAAGAACAAGAGGUCCCAAGUCCUGAUCCCAGUCAAGGCAAGGAAGGUGAGGUCGACAAAAUGGAGGUCGAUGUGAUCGCCGAACAACUCAAGUUCCGCGCCUGCCUAAAGAUCCUCAUGACGGAGUUGAGAACGUUGGCCACCGGCUACGAAGUAGAUGGCGGGAAGCUCCGGUUCCAGCUGUACAACUGGCUGGAGAAAGAAAUUGCCGCCUUACAUGAAAUUUGCAACCACGAGGCAACCCAGGGCAAAGAUGACGGCCAAACCGAUGGCCAAGUCAGCGGGGAUCUCUUGGGUCACCAAGAGAUGGGGGAGAUGACACCGAUGGGCUCCUACGAGUGGCAUCAGAUCGAGCGGCGACGGUUGCAAGCCAAGCGAGAACACGCCGAGCGGCGGAAAUGGUGGCUCCAAAGAAACCAGGCGCUUCUCCGGGUUUUUCUAAGUUAUUGCAGCCUUCACGGGGCACAGGGAGGCGGCCUGGCUUCCGUAAGAAUGGAGUUGAAGUUCUUGCUACAGGAGUCUCAGCAGGAAACUACUGUCAAACAGCUACAAUCACCACUUCCGUUGCCCACAACAUUACCCCUACUCUCAGCCAGCGUCGCUGCCACAAAAACGGUGAUCGCCAAUCCUGUCCUCUACUUAAACAACCACAUCCACGAUAUCCUUUACACGAUUGUCCAGAUGAAAAUGCCUCCCCAUCCCAACGUUGAAGAUGUCAAGGUCCAUACUCUGUAUUCUUUAGCUGCUUCCCUUUCUGCAUCAAUUUAUCAAGCCUUGUGUGACAGCCACAGCUACAGCAGUCAGACAGAAACAAAUCAGUUCACAGGAAUGGUUUACCAAGGGCUGCUGCUGAGCGACCGUCGGCGUCUGCGGACAGAGAGCAUUGAAGAACACGCCACACCGAAUUCGUUGCCUGCUCAAUGGCCUGAUAAACCACAGCACUUAUCCACCAACACAGGAACCAUGACAUCCUUCGGCAAUUCACAGUUGCCCCACCACACUGCUCUAUCGGGCAUCAACCAAAGCAUUGCUGGCUGUGAUAGUGGCCCUCUGGAUGCCCCCCCAGUCCCUUCAGAAGAAACAGAUAAGCAUCGCAGGAGAUUCAACAUGAGAAUGCUGGUGCCUGGAAGACCCGUGAAGGAGAGUGUGGUCCCUCCCCCGGUCCCUGCGGAAAGACCUUCUUACAAAGAAAAAUUCAUCCCCCCGGAACUCAGCAUGUUAGACUAUUUUGUGGCUAAGCCCUUCCUUCCUUUUUCAGACAGUGGGGUGAUGUACGAUUCUGAUGAAAGCAUCCAUAGUGAGGAUGACGAUGAGGAUGCUUUUCUCUCAGAUAUGCAGAUUCAGGAGCACAAGGAUGCCAAUUCAUACAGCUGGGCUCUUAUCCAUUUGGCAAUGAUCAAACUUGCUCUGAACAAUAUUAAGAACUUUUUCCCCAUUACCGGCUUAGAACUAACUGAGCUUCCCGUCACAUCACCUCUGGGUACCGCUGUGAUUAAAAAUCUGGAGAAUUGGGAACAGAUCCUGCAAGAAAGAAUGGACCGCUUUGAAGGUCCCCCACCAGAUUACAUCAAUACUUGUUUUCACGAACUGGGGAUAGGAGCCGGAGCAGCUGCGGCCCGAAUCAAAGCAAUGGUUGAUCCUGAAAACACACCAUUUAAAUCAAAAGAUUAUUCAGCAUUGCCAGCUAAGAGAUUGUGGCAUUUUCUGGUGAAACAAGAAUUAUUGCAGGAUAUUUUCAUUCGAUACACAUUCACCAAGAAGAGAAAGCAAAGUGAGUCUGUAGAAGACCGCGAGAAGCAUGUCAUAAAACAGAGCAGCCCAGCAGAAGAUGGCAAAGUCAAGGUGGAGGCGGAACUUGGCUAUCCAGGAGGAAGAGCCAAAAUUAUACACAAGGAGUCAGACAUGAUCCUCGCAUUUGCGGUGAAUAAGGCAAACAUCAAUGAGAUCGUUUUAGCUUCCACCCACGAUGUGCAAGAACUGGACGUAUCUGCCCUGUUGGCCGCACAACCCUACAUAUGGAUCGGAGAAGAGUUUGACAAGGAGUCAAAAAGUUCAGACGAUGUUGAUUUUCGUGGCUCCACCACCACGCUUACACAGUCCAGCGCUGCGUCUUUUGCAGUGGCUCAGAUGCAGCACGUUUCAAAUCUGUCCACUUCAUCAAUGCCGUGGUUGGGCAGUGGGCAAACGAGUACCGGAGCUGGCAUACUCAUCAAACGGAACUUGAACAAUGUCAAAAGAAUGACAUCUCACCCGAUCCAUCAAUACUAUCUUACCGGAGCCCAGGAUGGCAGCGUCCGAAUGUUUGAAUGGACCAGACCUCAACAGCUGGUGUGCUUCCGGCAAGCAGGCAACGCCAGGGUUACUCGAAUGUAUUUCAAUCCUCAGGGCAAUAAGUGUGGGGUGGCUGACGGAGAAGGAUUCUUAAGUAUUUGGCAAGUAAACCAAACUUCAAGCAAUCCUAAACCCUAUCUGAGCUGGCAGUGCCACAGCAAAACCACAAGUGACUUUGCCUUCAUUACCUCUUCAAGUCUGGUGGCCACAUCUGGACAGUCUAAUGACAACCGAAAUGUGUGCUUGUGGGACACCUUGGUGUCAUCAUCUAACAACCUCAUACAUGCCUUCACAUGUCAUGAACAUGGCGCCACAGUGCUUCAGUAUGCACCGAAACAUCAGCUGCUGAUUUCCGGAGGCAGGAAAGGCCACAUCUCCAUCUUUGACAUUCGGCAAAGGCAAGCCCUUCAUACAUUUCAGGCACAUGAUUCCGCCAUCAAGGCCCUCGCCUUGGACUCCUCAGAAGAAUGUUUCUGCACAGGUUCUGCAGAAGGCAACGUAAAGGUGAGCUUGUCCACUUUUUCCCUACCCAGGAACAGCAACAAGAAUGAUUGA